UCAAACCCCCAAGAUGGCGGCGGCGUCGGAGGAGCGGAUGGCUGAGGAAGGAGGCGGCGGCCACAGCGACGGCGGCCCCUCUUCGGCCAUCGGCUCUGCCCAGCGACUGCCCCCCCCGCCCCCGCCCCCGGCCCCGCAGCCGGGCUCCCAGGCGCCCCUAGCCCCGGCGCUGGCUCCCGACCAGCUGCCUCAAAACAACACGCUGGUGGCGCUGCCCAUCGUAGCCAUCGAGAACAUCCUCAGCUUUAUGUCCUACGACGAAAUUAGCCAGCUCCGCCUGGUUUGUAAAAGAAUGGACUUGGUCUGCCAGAGAAUGUUGAAUCAGGGAUUUCUAAAAGUGGAGAGAUACCACAACCUAUGUCAGAAACAAGUUAAAGCACAACUUCCAAGGAGGGAGUCAGAAAGAAGAAACCACUCGUUAGCUCGUCACGCGGACAUCCUUGCUGCUGUGGAAACAAGGCUCUCACUGUUAAACAUGACUUUCAUGAAAUAUGUGGAUUCCAAUCUCUGUUGCUUCAUCCCAGGAAAGGUGAUUGAUGAGAUUUAUCGUGUGUUGAGAUAUGUCAAUUCUACCAGAGCCCCUCAACGAGCUCAUGAAGUACUUCAAGAGUUAAGGGAUAUCUCCUCCAUGGCAAUGGAGUACUUUGACGAGAAGAUCGUGCCCAUUCUGAAGAGGAAGUUACCAGGAUCAGAUGUGUCCGGAAGACUCAUGGGCUCUCCUCCAGUUCCGGGACCUUCUGCAGCCCUCACAACAAUGCAGCUCUUCUCUAAGCAAAACCCUUCACGACAAGAGGUUACCAAACUCCAGCAGCAGGUUAAGACAAACGGUGCCGGUGUGACUGUUCUCAGGCGUGAAAUUUCCGAGCUUCGCACCAAAGUGCAGGAACAGCAGAAGCAGCUUCAAGACCAGGACCAGAAACUGCUAGAGCAGACCCAGAUCAUAGGCGAACAGAACGCGCGGUUAGCGGAGCUGGAGCGCAAACUGCGGGAAGUCAUGGAGAGCGCGGUGGGAAACUCCUCAGGGGCUGGGCAGAACGAAGAGUCUCCUCGGAAACGGAAAAAGGCAGCUGAAGCCAUAGACUCCCUUAGGAAAUCUAAGCGUCUCCGGAAUAGAAAGUAAAGGGGGGGAGGGUCCUGGCUCCAGAGGAAGACGUGGCUUUAGCAGCUGAAGCAGUUACGCACCUCAGGACGCCCCGGAGGCUUCUGGUCUUUCAGAAAGAACACAACUUCAGCUUGAACUCUUCACAGUUGGGACAGUCUUCUCCCGCUUCUCCUGGUUGAACUGAUGCACAGAACCUUUUUACUUUGCAAUAGAUUUGUACUAACCAGACCUGUCCUAUCAUGUUUUGAGGAGUUAACUUUUUUUCUGUGCAGAUAAUGUUUAAAGUAAGUUUAUUUGUUCUUGCAUAUAUGCACAUUACAGAAAGAUCUGAAACAAACCAGUCUGGACAGACUAGGAGUUAAGUUGAAUACAGAAAAUGUCCUGUUUCACUUGAAAGAAAAGACCUACUUUUUAAAUGGACAGUAUCUUGUUUUAAAAAAAAAAAAAAGAAAAAGUUGACUUUUUGUUAUAAGUGACCUUUGUCUGGAAUGUCUGAAAAGUAGUAAAUGCUUUUUGGUAUCGAAGUAAUGGGUAACUAAAACGGACUUCCAUAGUGUUGACUGUAGGAGGGGCCUCUACAGUAUUGACUAUAUAUUUUUAUAAACUACUGGCAAGGGACUUAUCCAGUUGUUCUACACAUGUUUUCAGUUCUCUUCUGGGGCCACGCCCUGCAUUUGCAUGGAUGCAUGCACGCAUCGCCUAGUCAGCUCACGUAAAAAGCUCUUGCACUGGUAUUGACCUUGAACCUCUCUACUUCUCCACUUUCUAGAGCAGCGUUAGUUUAUUUGAGCGCCUAACAUCUUCCACCACCACAACAGCUUGCCUCCAGGGAGGGAUUAGUCCUUUUGUCCUCCGGUUUUAGGGGAGCGAGGGAGCAUUAAAGCCCAUCGCUUUCUCUGUUCUCUGUAGGGUUCAGGUACAGUAGCCAAGGCAGAACCCCGAACUCCAAGGCUCUGUCAGUGUUGGACCUCUGGGGACUGGUAGUGGCCCUUACUCACCACCACGUGUGUUCAUGGAUCAGUGUGAUCACCACAGGUGUGAGCAGGGGACCCAGCUUAUGGGAUGCAGUUUUGCCAUUGAAAGAAAGCUCAUUGAAGAAAAUCCUACUAUGAAAAAGCAUUUUGAUCAUUUCAUUUCUGGGGGAUGACCUGAGGGAAGCUUUUAAAUAUUAAUUUCAAGCUUUCCUUAUCCUACAACUUUAAACAAAAGCUUUAAUUUCGUUUGCACUCCUGUUUUGAGCGUGUAACUGGAAAAGCAUGUCUUGCACUGUUCACACUUCUAAGCGGUCACUUUAACAACCUCCAGAUUGUGUGCAGUGGUUUCUUUCCCCACUUGUAUAUUUUUGAGACCUUCAACUAUUACGGUCCUCGUUUUAUGUUAAUGUACUAAAUUAUGUAGUUAUUAUUUGACUGAUAAGUUCUUUUAUCAACUGUCAACAACUGUUGCCUUGGGCUUCAGUUCUUUAAAAUAGGUUUAGGUGUAAUAUAGAAAAUUAUCCCUGUCCAGGUGGGAGUUUGACACCUGCAUAAAACCUAAGGUUUUGGUAAGUACCUUAGUUGAAUAAAAGCACAAGGUUACCGCCCUUUUUACCCGUCCACCAUGACACGGUUAUCCAUCCUUUAACCUCACCAAACAAAACUUUUUCUUACCCAUUUUUAAGAUUGUCCUUCCAUAAUACUGUCCUUAGAUUUUGAUCAAUUCUCUGUCUGACUUGGAAACUCCAUUUACAAUGUAGUAUGUUUUCAAUGAAAAAACAACAAAAAAACCCACCAUAUAACAUCCAAGUGUUUCAUGGUUUGUUGGGAAGGUAAUUUGAAAAUAAACAAUUUCCAAAAAACAUUUGUCAGCCAAGGUCAUCCAUAAAAGUCCCCGUCUGGAACUUGUUUUCUUGGCAGGUGUCAUUUUUGUAAUCCUAGGAUUUAGCCAUAUUGUCCUAACUCUGGAGCAGGCCUACUGGAAUACUCAUGGCCGUGAAUAGUCUGCCUUCCCAGUAAUGGGAAGACUCUAUUUAGAGUAACCAGGUAACAUGUUUACAGGUUUACAAAGUAGGAUCCU